CCCGGUGCGUGUGCGCGGAGCCGCGCCGAGCCGAGCCGCGCCGCGCCGGGCGGGGCAUGCUGCCGCUCGGCCGGCCCCGCUGCCCGCCCCGCCUCCCGAGGCAUGACACGCCGAGCCGCCGGCGAAGCGCCGCUUUAAUUGAGGCCGCCGGGAUGGGGCGCACCGCGUAGGGCAGAGCGGGGGCCGCCGCGCUCCGGGCCGCAGGCAGCGCGCACCUACGGCCGUGCGGAGCGGCGCCGCGUCCGGCACAGCGUGAGCCCAGCCCCGGCCCGGGGGAGCGGCGGAGCGGGGCCGCGUCCCGGCCGCUGCGUGGGUGGCCGGUGGGCCGGGCGCUGGCGGCCGCCGCUGCCGAGCCCCAUGAAAACGCAGGUCUGGGGGAGCUCCCCGCGGGCGCCCAUGGCUGCGGCGAUGCCGUGCAAGAGCGCGGAGUGGCUGCAGGAGGAGCUGGAGUCGGGCGGCGGCCGCUCGCUGCUGCUGCUCGACUGCCGCCCCCACGAGCUCUUCGAGAGCUCGCACAUCGAGACGGCCAUCAACCUGGCCAUCCCCGGGCUCAUGCUCCGCCGCCUCAAGAAGGGCAACUUGCCCAUCCGCUCCAUCAUCCCCAACCACGAGGACAAGGAGCGCUUCGUCAAGCGCUGCAAGGCCGACACCGUGCUGCUCUACGACGAGGCGACCGCCGACUGGCAGGACGGUGGUGCCGCCACCUCCGUCCUGGGGCUGCUGCUCCAGAAGCUGCGCGAUGAUGGCUGCAAAGCCUAUUACCUGAAAGGUGGCUUUAACAAGUUUCAGACCGAAUAUUCGGAGCACUGCGAGACCAACCUUGACAGCUCCUCGCCCAGCAACUCUCCCCCGGCAUCAGUUCUUGGCCUGGGAGGGCUGCGGAUAAGCUCAGACUGCUCAGAUGGUGAAUCCGACAGGGAACCCAGCAGUGCCACAGAGUCGGACGGGAGUCCCAUCCCUAACAAUCAGCCUGCCUUUCCGGUCCAGAUCCUACCUUACCUGUACCUGGGCUGUGCCAAAGAUUCAACCAACUUGGAUGUCCUGGGCAAAUACGGCAUUAAAUACAUCCUGAAUGUGACUCCCAACCUGCCAAACAUGUUUGAGCAUGACGGAGAGUUCAAGUACAAGCAGAUCCCCAUCUCAGAUCACUGGAGCCAGAAUCUCUCGCAGUUCUUUCCCGAGGCCAUUGCUUUCAUUGAUGAGGCCCGUUCCAAGAAGUGUGGGAUCCUUGUUCACUGCCUCGCUGGCAUCAGCCGGUCUGUAACAGUCACUGUCGCCUACUUGAUGCAAAAACUCAACUUGUCCCUGAACGAUGCCUAUGACUUUGUGAAAAGGAAAAAAUCCAACAUUUCCCCAAACUUUAACUUCAUGGGCCAACUCCUGGACUUUGAGAGAACUCUGGGACUCAACAGCCCUUGCGACAACCGCUCGCCAAGCGAACAGCUCUACUUCACCACCCCCACCAACCACAACCUGUUUCAGCUGAACACUCUGGAGUCCACAUGAAGGGGAUGCCACCUGGUCGGGAACUUGAGCAUCGAAUGGCUUCUCUUGAGCAUUUCAACUCUUACAAAAGUAUCUGUCUUGCCAGGCAGCUCUGAAACGACUAGCUUCUCUGGGCAGAGGUGCCUGAUCGCUGCUUUAAGAAGGCUAAUGCCGUUCAUUAGUAUCCUGAUCAAAGUGGUUUGAAGAGGUAGUCUUUUUACAGGGGGUUAUUUAAUACGGGCGAUGUUACAGCGUUUUGAACGCAGCUGUUACCGGCAAUAACCGCUUUCCUGGGUGCAUUGGGACUGUCAGAACACGCACACAUGUGAAGAGCUACCGGGGGUUAGCUUGCUGUGGAAAGUGAGGAGAUUUAUGCACUUGGAAACCUUGAACAAAAGGUGUUGGGCCAAGACUGUUUUAAAACCCAAGUUUACUUUUUUUUUUGAUUUUUAAGAAAAGAGAGGGUAGAUCUUACUCGAGCUUUGGGUUCAAACUCUUUUUAAAUAUGUACGUUCCUGACUGUUUGUACAGACGAGGUUGCAAAACCAGUAUUUUAUUCUGUUUCUUGUUUGAUCAUUUAUUAUUUUUUUUUAAUCAAAUGUUUAUAUUGACCAAAUGCAUUUUGCACACUUUGUGAAGCCUUGGUAUGUCCUGGCAUAUUACUGGGUACUCCAGAGAGAGAUACAUGCUGCUGCUGUUGUUGUUAGCAUCUGGUAGGAAGCUUUGUUAUGUGUGAAGGCCAGUUGGGCUUAAAUGCAACCCCUUCACCACUCCUGCACUCACAAUCACAAACUCUGCACUGAUUCAGCCAAGGUGACUAAGCCGCAAGCUUUUUUUUUUUUUUUUUUUAAUUCCACCCCUGCCAAAAACACUGUUUGCUAUUGCCAGAGGUAAAACUUGUAGCCUCCAGAAUUGGUAGAAGCAUGUCUGAGCCCCACUUCGUUCUCUGCUGCCUGUUGACUGACUUAAUGUCAUCCAGCUGGCCCGAAACCAUUCCAGCUUCCCGAGUACAGAAGGUGGUUGUGAUGUUGGCGUUUCUUGUGCACACUCUAUUCUUUCCCACGUGUGCGGGCUGGAGGGGGGAACACAGCGAGCGCCUGGAGCAGAGCAAGGAUUGUGUAGCGAGAUGGGACUGAAUCGUCACGCAUGGAGCGUGUGAAGGGAGUGAAGAGAUGUGGAAAUGAUGAGUGUUGUAAUAGAGAAAUUUUUAUAUAUAUAUAUGAAUAUAUAUAUAUUAACUGGCAAAUUCUGAGAUGAUUGGAGCUUUCAACAGAGGUUCUGGGUUUUUUUUCCUUCCUCUUUCGAAUAACUAUGCCGUGCCUUCUAUUCUGAGAAGACUUGUUUAUAUUUCUGGCUAGUGUUUGGCAAACACCUUAUACCAAGCUGGGAGGGGAGGAAGUGGUAAUAAUUUCUGGGAGGAGGGCAGAACGGAUUUGGAGAUUUCUUUAUUGGCUGCAAUGUAGUCCCUCCUUUCUCCCCCCUCCCUCUCCACUUUAACUCUCAUGUAACUGAAAAAAAAAAAAAGCCACGGAUUUUUUCUAAAUAUCCAGUUUUUUGUACUUUUUUCAAGAAAAAAAAAAUAAAAAAAAAUCUCCAUCUGGAGGAAUGUUUGACGCUGUCGCAUCCUGAAACUGUUCUUUUUGUUAAAGUUGUUACCAGAAUGUUGGAAUGAGCUUCUCCUUGUUUUCUGGUUGUUUUUUGUUUGUUUGUUCGUUGGGUUUUGUUUGCAACAACGUUGGGAUCGUGGGUCAUUGGAAGGGAGAAUGGGUGUAAGUAUGGUUGUGAGUGAGAAAAUUGAGAAUAUCCUAAUUGCAUCUUACCUCAUGGAGGAAUUUAUUUUUUCAGGGAUUUUUUGACAGUGCAUCUGUAUUGCAUUACAGCUAAGCUGGUUUGUAAAGGCUUCCUGUGCUGUUAGUGGUCGUCUUCUUUAAAGGAAAAAAAAAAAAAAAAAGAUGCAUCUUCUGAUUAGUACAAAUGAGAGCUUGUUAGUGAGGAAUGGUUCUGCUUUCUGAGUUAUGAAGGAAAAUUAGUGACCCUAUAUAUACUGAUCCAAUAUUGGGACUUUGUUUAUAUUGCAAAUAAAUAUUAUUUUUUCUUUAAAAAUGA